AUGCUGACACAAGUUUGCACCCCGCAGUUCGAUAGAGAAGUUGAAGAAACUCAACCAUUUCAAACGGCAUCGACAGUUUCCACGGCAACCCAGGAAAUCGCAACAACUCCUCGGACUAAACGUCGACAACUAUCAAUGGAGAAUUAUACCUACUUUGAGAACACACAUAUUGACAAGAAGCAAAUACAAGCUCGUAAAAGAAUGGCUGCUAAACGAGCUGAACCUACACCAGAAGAAGCCGAAAGACAGGGGAUACUAGCAAGAGAAAGACGUGCUCUUGCUCGAGAAAGAAGUACAUCCAGAAGAGCUACCGUGACGCUACAAGAAAUCGAACAACAACGAUCAGUUACCCGCGAAAGAAAUGGGACUAGAAGAGCUGCUCUUACACCGAAAGAAGUUGAAGAACAACGAACACUUGCUCGUGAAAGAAAUGCUGCUACACGAGCUACUCUUACUCCGAAAGAAGUUAAAGAACAACGGACACUUACUCGUGAAAGAAAUGCUGCUAGACGAGCUGCUCUUACACCGAAAGAAGUUCAACGACAGCGUGAACUGGCUGCUGAGAGAACUAUGGUCAUACGAGCUACUGCGUCUCCGAAAGUGGCUGAAGAACAACGUGUGCUAGCACGCAAGAGAAGUGCCACAAGGCGAGCUAAUUAUACGACGGAAGAAGCUGAACAACAACGAGCAUUGGCCCGCAACAGAAGUCGUCUGCAAAGUAAUAUGACGCAAAAACAUGUAGCAAAGAAAAAAGAAACAAGUAGAAAUGCUGAAGUUGAAUGGCCGAAACCUGCUGAUAUGGAAUGCAAGACUAACUGCUUGAAAAAAUUCAUUCAACAGAUGUCCAUGAAUUCUCUAGCGGAAGGUGUAUGUGGGAUAUGCAACAUUCGUUGCUACAAACGUGGCCUACGACGUGUACCUUUGAAAAAAAAUUCCAUCGAUUGA